UAAUAGGAAGUACAUGUAUAGAAAUGUUCACAUGUCUUUCUUCCACCAGAGUUGUAGUGGAGAUAGCACAAUAAACUAACAGUCGGCAUUUAAAUGUCGUGAAGUAGUUCAAAUAUAUUCUGUAAAGUCGGAGACACCUCCAUCCGGAACUCCAACUCCACCCGGAAAGUGUUUGCGAAAACAUAACCGUCCGCUCCCCAUCGCUCAAGACCUAUGCUCAGGACUGUGGUGUUGGUCCACGUGUGGUCUGUAAAUGAAGAUUCUGAUGUUGCAGUAUAUGAAUUUUGCUGAUAGGCCACUGGAGAACUAGUCAAGACUACAAACCAAUUCCAACUACCCCAACAGCAGACGACUCGACAGCGCCGCGAAACAUCACCAUUUAACGUUAACUUUUGGAGAGCCACAAAGCGCUUGUGUCAUUAAUGUAGGAGAAGUUUGACACUGCUGUUCUAUUCUACAGUAGCAUCGUUUCUCUUCAGAUCAUAUCAGUGCUCACAUGAAGAUGUUUACUUAUUGUGUAAGGAGACGUGCAUUGCAAAUGUGUCUCCAAAGUAGCCAUUACUGUAACCGAUGUGCGUUACAGCUGAACAGAGCGCAUUCUACCCAAGAGCUUGAGUCUGAGUCUGACCUGACUACCACUCUCCUGAAACUCUGUGAAGAUCGCUCUUUCAUAGCGCCUGGCGAGGCUCCUACUCGGGCUCUCAGACGUGGAAACGCCUGUGGUUAUGGGCCUCUGGGGAAGGACCUCAAAAAGAACAUUUUAGACCAGUGGUGGAACUCUAUCACUAGAUCAAAAGCGCAGGUGUUUGGGAUUGACACAUUGCAACAUGUCCGCAAUGACGCGGGGAGUUUGAAGCUGGUGGAUGCUUCUGCUAUUGGACAAAUCAUUAACGACAAGGACUUGACCAAAAACCAAGUAGUUGAUAGGCUGCAUCAGCUGCUUCAGAAUAGUUCACCAGUUCGUACAAACCUGCUCCAAGGUGCUCUGGAGCAGUGUCUGCCUUCCAUGGAGCUGGUUAAAAGGAAGCUACCCUUUGGCCUGGCUGAAACUGGUACCUGCCACCAAGUCUUGGAUCAAAACAAAGCUGCUAUUGGUUGCUCGUCUGAGCUGACUGAAGCCUCCCUGGCAUGGUUCUGUUCCCCACGCACCUCUCUGCAGUGGCUGGAUCACUGGACACAGCAGCGGCUAAAGUGGUGGAGAAAGUUUGCCUUGAGUCCGUCCGACUUCAGCUCCAGUGGUGUUGUGGAAGCAGAGCUGCCAGACGGAGCAUCCCGCGGGGUCCAAGUGAUGUACAGGUUCCCUUGGGGAUCGGAGCCCUUGGAAACCCUGUGGAACCUGGGCGAGUCUGAGCUGCUGAAGACGCACGGGAACGACAGAGCCAAGCUGCAGUGCAAAGACGGGCGGAAGUUAGUCGUGCCGCAUGUCGUAGCUGUGAAUGGAAACAUGGACCGAGGUCUGCUAGCGUACCUCUUCAACUCUCUACAGUUGGAAAAGAAAAAAGUGAGCGGGAAGCAGAGGCUUCACCAAAGAAAGGUACUGAAGCUCCAUCCCACCCUGGCGCCAAUAAAAGUAGCUCUAGACAUGGGAAGAGGGGCUACUGUGGAACGGAGACAGGUUUGUGAGGGUUUGCUCACAGAAUUCCUUGACGCAGACAUCUCUGUUUGGCCAGGGUACCUUGAGACUAUGCCUCAAUCGUUGGAGCAGCUGCACAGCAAGUAUGAUGAGAUGGGUGUGCUCUUCACAGUGAUGAUCAGUGAGGGCACACUGGAGAAUGGCCUGCUACUGGUGCGCAGCCGAGACACCACCAUCACGGAGACCAUGCACAUCUCUGAAGUCAAGGCAUACCUCCAGAAAUACAUCAGUGCAGCUGAUAACAUCUGAGUUGAUGGUGAAGAAGGCAGAAUAUCUUGACAUUAAUGUUAAGUCUUAAUUAAUUUUAAGUCUGUUUUGGCUCCAUGCAAAGUUACUCUGUUUGAUUGUCAUCAUAUUGUCAUAGAAAACAUAUCCUACCUCAAAAGAACAGUAUUGAAUGGAGUGAUGUAGUGUAAUACAUAUUUGAGAAGACAUAUUUUGGUCCGUUCAGAUUUAUAUUUUGCAUCCAACGCAGAGUAA